CUCUUUUUUUUUCCUUCACCACGCAUGACCCAAUCAAUGUCACUCAAGGCGACCGCCAAAGAAUUCAUCCCGUCAUUCAUCGCAAAGCAGUCUGUCCCUGCUCCAGUCGGCACUGGAGGAGCAUUUAUACCUAAACAGCAACCGCAGGAGGCCUCCACCGCCACUACGGCAGCAUCGUCUUCGCCGUUGUCUUUAUUGAGUAAGAACCAACGAGGAGAGAAUAACGCCCAUACCAGCACCGCAGUAGCACCAGCACCAGCACCAGUACUAGCAGGGAGCAAGGCACAGAAGCACCAGCAGCAACAGCGUAGGACCCCGAGAGACCAUCAUAAUCAGCAGCAGCAGCAGCGGCAGCAGCAGAAAGAAUAUCCUUCACACAAUGGCGCCGGCGACAGCAGCAACAAACCUUCAAAGCCUCACAAACCUAGUAACGGCAGCGGCACCUCGCAAGGUGGACGUCCUUUGAACAAUAAUAGUAACAACAACAACACCAUUGCCAAACAGCAUCCAGUUGACCACCAGCAGAACCACCAACAGAAGCAACAGCAUUCAAGGGCAGGAGAUGCAGGGAAACAAAAGUCGAAUGACCACGGUCAUGGCGCUGGCAACGCUGCGCCAGCGGGAGCGGGAGCACCAGGGUCGGGAUCUGGAGCUGGAUCGGGAUCAAGGCCGGCGUCGACGAAACCCCAUCCACAACAUCGAUCUGGAUCCUCGACAAAGACCACGGCUGCGCAAGGAAAUGGGCUACGUAAGGGAUCGGUCGAUCAUGCAGCGACUGGAUCUACAGCAGCCGCAGUCGCAGCGCCUGCAGCCGCAACGACAACAGCGACAACUUCCACAACAUCAGGACCGGGUCCAGGAUCGGGAUCAACACCGUCCAGUAUUAUCCCAGGCAUGGAACCGACAGCAUUCAUCUGUCUCACCGAUGUGAUCCACCCUGUACGCCAAAUCCUCAAGGACGGUGUAUCGACGACUGAACAAGGAUCUGAUGCCUAUCUGGAUUGGAUUAUCAGGUCUCUCAAGAAACAUGAAGAGAUCACACUUAUCGGCAUGGAGGCUGCGAUCCCAGACAUCAUUGCCCUUGUCCUUCGCGCAGGAAAACAGGGUAUUGGAUAUCAAGAGAUAAGAACGUUUACAACGCAGGACGGUCUUGGAGGGAACAAGAGUUGUCUUCAAUUUAGGAUGCGCCGAGGACAAGGAUACAUAGCCCUCGAGAAGCGUCCUCCACGCUCCUAGUUUUUUGUCAUUCAUAAAAGAACA